AUGGCGGCGCUCAUCCCCCUCAGCCAGCAGUUUUCUACUGGGAACCCAUUAUACGAAACUUACUACAAACAGGUAGAUCCAACAUAUACGGGGAGAGUUGGGGCAAGUGAAGCUGCGCUGUUUCUUAAAAAAUCCGGUCUCUCUGAUAUUAUCCUUGGAAAAAUAUGGGAUUUGGCUGACCCAGAGGGUAAAGGAUACUUGGAUAAACAGGGUUUCUAUGUCGCGUUGCGCCUUGUAGCAUGUGCACAGAACGGCCAUGAUGUUAACCUGAGCAGUCUGAACUUGACUGUGCCACCUCCUAAAUUUCAUGACACUAGCAGUCCUUUGCUGAUCACACCACCUUCAACAGAGGCUCACUGGGCUGUUAGGGUGGAAGAAAAAGCAAAGUUUGAUGGUAUUUUUGAAAGCCUUUUGCCAGUAAAUGGUUUACUUUCAGGAGACAAAGUAAAACCAGUACUGAUGAAUUCAAAGCUACCUCUUGAUAUCCUAGGAAGGGUCUGGGAUCUCAGUGAUAUUGAUAAAGAUGGUCACCUGGACAAGGAUGAAUUUGCUGUGGCAAUGCAUUUGGUUUAUAGAGCUCUUGAGAAAGAGCCAGUUCCUUCACUAUUACCCCCUUCUCUCAUACCACCUUCUAAAAGAAAGAAGACGCCUGUCUUUCCUGGUGCAGUUCCUGUUCUCCCUACAAGUCCCCCACCAAAAGAUAGCCUCCGUUCUACCCCAUCUCAUGGUAGUGUCAACAGUCUGAACAGCACGGGGAGUUUGUCUCCCAAGCACAGCAUCAAACAAGCACAGCCAUCUGUGAAUUGGGUGGUACCAACAUCUGAAAAAGUGCGAUAUGAUGAAAUUUUCUUAAAAACAGACAUGGACAUGGAUGGCUUUGUGAGUGGUCAAGAAGUAAAGGACAUUUUUAUGCAUUCAGGUCUGUCUCAGAAUCUCCUAGCACAUAUAUGGGCUUUGGCAGACACAAGACAGAUGGGAAAGCUAAGCAAAGAUCAGUUUGCACUAGCAAUGUAUCUCAUUCAACAGAAGGUCAGUAAAGGGAUUGAUCCUCCACAAGUGUUGUCCCCAGAUAUGAUCCCUCCCACAGAGAGGAACACUCCCAUACAGGAUAGUUCAAGUUCUGUUGGAUCAGGAGAAUUUACAGGGGUGAAGGAACUGGAUGAUAUUAGUCAAGAAAUUGCACAGCUGCAGAGAGAAAAAUACUCGCUAGAGCAGGACAUUAGGGAAAAGGAAGAAUCAAUCAGACAGAAAACCAAUGAAGUUCAGGAACUGCAAAAUGAUUUAGACAGGGAGACAAGUAACUUGCAAGAGCUAGAGGCUCAGAAACAAGAUGCCCAAGACCGCCUGGAUGAAAUGGACCAGCAGAAAGCCAAACUGAAAGAUAUGCUGAAUGAUGUAAGGCAGAAAUGCCAGGAAGAAACACAGGUGAUUUCAUCACUAAAAAUGCAGAUUCAAUCUCAGGAAUCAGAUUUAAAAUCACAGGAAGAUGACCUUAAUAGAGCAAAAGCAGAGCUGAAUCGCCUCCAGCAAGAAGAGACUCAGCUAGAGCAAAGUAUCCAGGCCGGAAAAGUGCAGCUUGAAACAAUAAUCAAAUCUUUAAAAUCAACACAGGAGGAAAUAAACCAGGCAAGAAGUAAACUUUCUCAACUUCAAGAGAGUCAUCAAGAAGUCAAUAAGAGUAUAGAAGAAUAUAACGAAGCUCUCAAUGGGAUUCACGGUGGUAGUCUGACGAAUUUAGCAGACAUAAGUGAAGGCCUUGGGCAGACGGAAAGAAGCAAUUACGGAGCUAUGGAUGAUCCAUUUAAGAAUAAAGCCUUGAUGUUUACCAAUAAUACACAAGAAUUGCAUACAGACCCAUUCCAGUCAGAAGAUCCUUUCAAAUCUGAUCCAUUUAAGGGAGCAGACCCUUUCAAAGGUGACCCAUUCCAGCAUGAUCCUUUUGCAGAACAACCACCUGCUCCAGCAGAUCCAUUUGGAAGUGAUCCAUUUAAGGAAAGUGACCCAUUUCGUAGUUCUGCCCCUGAGGAUUUCUUCAAGAAACAGGCGAAGAGUGACCCAUUUACCUCAGAUCCAUUCACGAAACCCCCCACUGUACCCUCAAAGCCUGACCCUUUUGAAAGCAGUGAUCCUUUUACGUCUUCCAGUAUCUCUUCAAAAGGUCCAGAUCCAUUUGGAACACUGGAUCCAUUUGGAAGUGGUGCAUUCAGUAGUGGUGAGGGAUUUGCAGACUUCAGUCAGAUGUCAAAGUCAGUAGCUUCAGACCCCUUCGCCUCCUCUUUUGGAGGGAUAGGAUUCUCAGAUGACCCUUUCAAAAGCAAAUCAGACACGCCAGCAUUACCACCGAAGAAAAAUGUCCCUCCACGACCCAAGCCACCCAGUGGUAAAAGUACUCCUGUAAGCCACCUUGGGCCUUCAGAUUUUCCCAAGCCCCAUGAUCCAUUCCAGCCAUUUGGGGCUGACAGCAGUGACCCGUUUCAAAGUAAAAAGGGGUUUGGGGACCCAUUUAGUGGAAAAGAUCCAUUUGCUCCCUCCUCUUCAAGUAAAACUUCUAAAGACUCUUCCUUGGGGUUUGCAGACUUCAGCUCUUUUGGAAAUGAAGAACAGCAGCUGGCAUGGGCAAAGCGUGAGAGUGAAAAAGCAGAGCAAGAAAGACUAGCUCGAUUGCGGAGACAAGAACAAGAAGACCUUGAGUUGGCUAUUGCACUCAGUAAGGCUGAUAUGCCAAACUCUUAAAUAGAGGUUCUUUGGCUCCACCCUGUCCAAGUGAAACCUUUAAACAUGGCUUUUAUAAAAAUACUAAAUUCUUGGUUUAUGUUGCGAAAAUAAUUCUAGUCACCUUCAACUCUAAACAAGACUGGCUGGUUAUGUCAAACUGGGCUCUGUGUGGCUUUUCAAGUGCAUAAUAUGCAGGAAACACUGUAUAAGCUGUAUUAUAU